CCUCCCCGAGCAAGAUGACGUCAGCCACAAAGGUGUACUACAGCCAGACCACACAGACUGACAGUCGCCCCCUCAUUGGCUCGGGCCUGCGCAAGCGCCGGGUGAUGACCAAGGACGGCCGGAGCAAUGUGCGGAUGGAGCACAUUGCUGACAAGCGCUUCCUGUACCUCAAGGACCUGUGGACAACCUUCAUCGACAUGCAGUGGCGGUACAAGCUGGUGCUCUUCUCCGCCACCUUUGCUGGCACCUGGUUUGCCUUUGGCGUCAUCUGGUACCUGGUGGCCGUGAUGCACGGGGACCUGCUGGAGUUCGACCCACCAGCCAACCACACACCAUGCGUCAUGCAGGUGCACACACUCACCGGUGCCUUUCUCUUCUCCCUCGAGUCCCAGACCACCAUUGGCUAUGGCUUCCGCUACAUCAGCGAGGAGUGUCCGCUUGCUAUUGUCCUGCUUAUCACCCAGCUGGUCCUCACCACCAUCAUGGAGAUCUUCAUCACCGGCACCUUCCUGGCCAAGAUCGCCCGGCCCAAGAAGCGAGCCGAGACCAUCAAGUUCAGUCAAAAUGCUGUGGUGGCCCAGCACAAUGGCAAGACCUGCCUCAUGAUCCGCGUGGCCAACAUGCGCAAGAGCCUCCUCAUCGGCUGCCAGGUGACGGGCAAACUCCUCCAGACCCACCUCACCAAGGAGGGCGAAAGCGUCCGGCUCAACCAGGUCAACGUGGAAUUCCAGGUGGACACGUCUUCUGACAGCCCCUUCCUCAUCCUGCCCCUCACCUUCUACCAUGUGGUGGAUGACGCCAGCCCCUUCCGGGACAUGGCCCUGCGGACAGGCGAAGGCGACUUUGAGCUCGUGGUGAUCCUCAGCGGCACUGUAGAGUCCACCAGCGCCACAUGCCAGGUGCGCACAUCCUACCUGCCCGAGGAGAUCCUCUGGGGCUACGAGUUCACACCGGCCAUCUCCCUCUCAGCCAGCGGCAAGUACGUGGCUGACUUCAGCCUCUUUGACCAGGUGGUGAAGGUGUCAGCACCCUGCUGCAUUCACGAGACCGUCCGGUUUGGAGACCCCGAGAAGGUCAAGCUGGAGGAGUCCUUCCGGGAGGCAGAGGAGCGAGAGGGAGCACCGCUGAGCGUCCGCAUCAGCAACGUCUGAACUGCCGGCGCCUGGAGAUGCCACUGGCUCUUCCCCCCAUCCUGGCUCUCACCAUCCUCCCGGGCCUUUUCCCCCUUCCUCAUCGCAUGGGGCAGCUCCCUCGGGCCCCAGCCUGGGGCUGCCGAGAGCCUUGUGGCCUCUUGCUUGCCGGUGGGACAGUGUCCCCUACCCCAGCCCAGCCAGGGACAGGUCUGUCCUCACUCCCUCCCCCAACCUAAUGCUCUGCUGGUCCCAGCUAGAAAGAUCCUCAGCCCCCGACGCCACCUACAGGGAUGGCGCCGGUAUUGUGCUUCAGAGGACGGUGGGCACAACCCUGCUGGGAGAUGCUGGCCCCUGGGGGGACAUGGACACCUCCGGCCCUUGGGCACAUCUAUGGCCACAGUGUCUGGCUGUGGAGGUGCCACGUUGCUUGGAGGAAGGCCCAGGAUCCUGCCAUGGUCUGGCCAUGGCCUGGCCAACCUGCUCGCUAUGCACGUGCACGGGGAGGGGAAGCUCUGACUGCUCCACACGGGGCCAGGCAGAGGAGCUGCCCCUGCUGCCGCCUGGGGACCUUGCGGUAGAGCCAAACAGGCUCAGGUAGGGGGUACUGACCCCGGCCUGCAGCUUAGCCACGGCCCCCAGCAGGCUGAGAGCGGGAUGAGGCCGGGGGCCCCAUCUCACCCCACACACCCAGGGCAAGAACAGGGCUGCUUUGCCAGCCCCCGGCCCCCAGCAUACCAUGGGUUGGGGGCACCCGAGCCUCUGGGGGCCACAGGGCAAGUCCCCAUGGCCAGGGUGUUGCACGUGAGUGUGCACGCACAAGCGGCAGGGCUCCUGCGCCAAAUGGGGAAACUGAGGCAGGAAAAGCACCCUGUCGGUUCUAACCCUCCAAGCCAAACCAGGGAUGUUCCCAGAGCCAGGACCUUCUCCGAGUGGGGCCCUCUUGCCUUCCCAGGGACAGCCACCGAAAAUUGGACAUGGCUGCAGCACCAGGCCCCAAGGCAGGGGACGGGGCCCCGGGCCUGCAGCCACGCUGGAGCCACCUCCAUGGCAGCCCUCGAGCAACCUCGCUGCUGCUAACGUAGAGCCUCUGCCUAUUAACGCCUCCUUAUCCCGGGGAAAACCACCGCUGCUCUGGGGCUUGGGUUGUAGGGCCUCUUAAUCCCUCGCUGCACUGAGUCCAGGUUACAUACAUAUAUAUAUAUAUAUAUUUCCACUAAAAUAUAUAUACACAUAUAUAUAUAAAUUGGGAAGAAACGUUUUACCCACUGGAAAGACUUGCUCACUAAAUGCCCUGCUUCUGCCAGGGGCACAUCGUUUUUUCUUGCAUUUAGGAAAAAAAAAAUUACUAAAUAAAACAUAUAUUCGCGGUUGG